GACGUAUACAGUCAAGACGAAUAAGAAAAAUGUCAUCAGGUGUCGCAGUAUCAGAUGAAUGUUUAACAGCAUUCCAAGAUCUCAAGUUAGGAAAGAAAUACAAGUACAUCAUUUUGAAGAUUGCAGAAGACGGCAGCGCCAUCGUCUUAGACAAGACAUCAGACAACCAGGAUUACGACGCUUUCCUUAAAGACCUCCCAGAGGCUGAGCCACGCUGGGCCGUCUACGAUUUCCAAUAUCAAAAGGGUGAAGACGGUGUACGUAACAAAAUCCUUUUCUACGCAUGGGCCCCAGACAACUCAAAAGUCAAGCAAAAGAUGAUGUACGCUUCUUCAAAGGACGCUCUUAGAGCUAAAUUGCAAGGUAUCGCUUUCGAUAUCCAAUGCACAGAUGAGUCUGAGCGUGCUUGUCAUGGACAAGGUUUCAAAGGGAGCUUAAAAACAAGGGAAUACCAGAGCUAGAGAGCUAGUUU